UGUCAGCAGUGCCAUGUCAGCAGUGCCAUGUCAGCAGUGCCAUGUCAGCAGUGCCACGUCAGCAACAGAGCCACGUCAGCAGUACCACAUCAGCAGUGCCCUGCCACCGUGACGGUCUCAGUUCUGGGCAUGCCAGGCCAACUGGCCAAUGAGUCCAUUGCCGAGUACCGACAGCGGUUCGAAGCUCCGCUCGCACUGAUUGAGGCUGAGGAACAGCGUCAGGCGGCAGCCAAGGCUGCCCGCCUACAAGCUGAAGCGGCGGCAGCAGCUGAAAAACAGCGGCUUCAGGCCGAAGCAGACGCAGAUACCCAGGCACGCCGCAAAGAGGCCCAGGAUCUGCUACAGCGGCAUGAAGCCACCAGCAUCGAAAAGCUCAAGUUCUGGCAUUUUGAACCAUUCGAGCACCACGAAGACGCGACACCGGAGGAGCAGCACAAGGAGUUUCUUGCCAAACUCUUGACCGGGUUGGACUUAGAGCAAAUUGCACCAAGACCGGAUGCUGGCGAGUCCAGCAGUGCAUCCUCUACCCGCCAAUUGGAGGAACGGGUUGACCACGUAGUCGCAAUGCUCGGCGACAUCAGCACCUUCGCCGCACCAGCCACCAUCAGCAAGCAGCAGGACACCUUGAAGACCGAGGUUCAGCAACUGCACCGGCUGCCCAACAAGGAUGGCAACACCAAUGCGCAGCACUACAAGAUGCCGACAUUCCGAAUCAAAAAGUUCGAUGAUUAUACGCAUCAAGACCCGGUCCCCUGGUGGGAGGGCUUUACGAUACAACUUCGGAUUCUUUUCGUCCCCGAGCACUCGUACAUCGGCGCAUUGUUCCUCAACUCAAAGGGCAGAUGCCAAAUCUGGCUCAGCCACCUGGCAACCAUUCACGGCGUCCAGGUCGCUGAUCUACUUGAGAAAAUCUCUUGGGAAGAGUUGACGAAGCUAUGGAAGAAGCGGUUCAUCGUGGACGACGCCCCGACGCUCGCCAUCAACCGCCUCUUCGCCAUGACCCAAGGCAACACAUUGACACGCGACCGGCGCACGAAAUGGCAAAAGAUCGUUGCAACGCCCGAUCUCGAGUUGCCAUUUUUGCAUCUGCGCCAGGAAUGCUACAACCGGUCAUGUGCCGCCUUGAGCCUCGCACUUGGUGAUCACAAGCAAUACAUGACCUUCGUCGAAAUCAUUGACAAGGCAAGGGAGAUCAUCAAGACCAAUUGGGCGGCUGCACACGAGAAGUCAGCGUGGCAGCCAACCUAUGUGGAGAAAGGAAAAUUUGCUUCGCCGCCAACUAUCGUCAGGGAUUCGACGUCAUGGUUAAGACUUGAAGAGCUCGACCCGUUGACGUUUGCGGACUUCCAAUGGAUGCCCCUUCCCCCGUCCAGUCGAUUGCUGAAACCGCAUUGCAACGUGCUCAUGGCACGAUUCUGGGAUUACUUACACACUGCAGUACCAGCUUCGUUGAUGGACGCCGGAGUAGAGGUUGUCGGCCUUCACGACUACAUUGCGAAGAUCGACCGCGAGUUCAAGACACAACGCUCAAUGCGCAAACCAUCAAGAACGUCGACCCUCUUCCGCGCAUCGACGACCUCCUCGAACGGCUGGGCGGCGCCAAGUUUUUCUCCAAGCUUGACCUCAAAUCGGGAUAUCACCCAACUCGAGAUCCGGCAGGAGGACCGGUACAAGACCGCGUUUAAGACACGAUAUGGGCAUUUCGAAUGGCUGGUUAUGCCUUUUGGCCUUACGAAUGCCCCGGCCACAUUCCAAGCGGCUAUGACAAUGGAGUUCCGACACAUGCUGGAUAGAUUCGUACUCAUCUACCUCGACGACAUCUUGGUAUACAGCCGGAGUUUGGACAAGCAUGUGGAGCACUUGCGCACUGUUUUGGAGCGGCUAUGGUUUGGACGAGCAUGUGGAGCACCUGCGCACUGUUUUGGAGCGGCUACGACAAGCAAGUACAAAGCCAACCGCGACAAAUGCAAAUUCGCGCAGCAAGAGCUGGAGUACUUGGGACAUUAUGUGACGCCGCAAGGCAUCCGUCGGCUUGCGGAGAAAAUCGAGGCCAUCCGCAUAUGGCCCGAGCCCCACCAACACCACGGACAUUCGCUCAUUCAUGAGGUGCCAUUCGUAUUCGAUGACGAUGCACGCCGAUCAUUCCAAGCACUCAAGACGGCAAUGCUCAUGGCACCCGUCCUUAGCAUCUACGACCCCACCCUGCGAACGAGAGUGACAAAUGACGCUUCCGGCUAUGGCAUUAGGGCAGUCUUGGAACAACACAACGACGACGACGACUGGCACCCCGUGGAGUAUUUCAGCCACAAAGUACCUCCCAUCAAUUCACUUGAUGAAGCAAGGAAGGAGUUGCCCGCGUUCGUGAUGGCUCUCAAGCGAUGGUGGCACUUCCUCCUUGGGCGUCGUAGGUUCACAUGGGUCACGGACAACAACCCAUUGACCUACUACAAGACGCAGGAUAUGGUGAGCAGCACGAUUGGACGAUGGAUGUACUUCAUCGACCAAUUUGACUUCACACUAAAACAUCUCGCCGGCCUCUCCGAUCGCGCAACAGAUGCACUCUCGCGAAGACCCGAUCUUUGCACUGUGUCACACCAUGCCUUUGCAUUCGACGAGGAACUCCAACGACACUUCAUCCGGGGCUAUGAGUCUGACCCGGAUUUCGCCCCGUUGUAUGCGCAGCUAUCUUUGGAUCACCCACCGGCCAGCCACUAUUGCAUCGUCGAUGGUACUUGCUCCUCCACUCGCGAGGCGAGGACUUAUUGUGUGUCCCACGCGACCGUCGUCUUCGGACUCGCCUUCUCGGAAUCCGACACGAAGAUGAAACCAAGUUCGGCUCGGCAUCCACAAACGGACGGGCACACGGAGCGGGCACAUCAAACCGCUCAAAUGAUGCUUCGUACGCUCAUCCGUCCGGAUCAGAAGGAUUGGGUUGACCGCCUCCCCGACAUCGAGUUCGCCUACAACACUUCGUCACAUCCGGCGAUCAGCGUGACUCCAUUCGAGUUGCACAACGGUGGCCAGAAAGGCCGUAUCUUCGCUGAUCUUCUCCUCCCACGAACAGCCGACAUAGACGCUGCUUGCUCCCCCACUUUCGUCCGCAAGUACAGGGGAUUGUUGGCUCAAGCCCGCGCGAACAUGCAAAAGGCUCAAGUCCGUAUGCAGCAGCAAGCGAAUAGACGUUGCGUGCCAUGUCCCAUCCGCGCCGAUGAUCUGGUGUGGGUCUCUGUGGAAGAGUUUGCACUCGAGCAGGAUGUUUCACACAAACUGCUUCCCAAGUGGUUUGGACCAUGGCUCGUAACAUCAGCCGCGGGCAAUGAGCUCGACGGCCCCUCAUUUGUGAUCAACAUCCCCCCGCAUCUGACGGUCCAUCCAGUCUUUCACACCUCAAAGCUGGCGACAUAUACACCAGCCAAGAGCGACGACUUCCCGGGCCGAAGAACGCAAGAUCCUCCACCUAUGGAUGGUCAUCAGGAAGUUGACCGCGUCAUCACGGAUCGCAAGUAUGGCAGCAAGCCUCGACAGUACAAGGUUACAUUCAAAGCAUGCGAUUCCGACGACACUCGAUGGAUUUCAGGAGCAGAUUUGAAAACAUCCGCACCGCUGAUCUACGCUCACUACGAGCGACAAAGGUUAGCUAAGGAAACGUCACGACCUGCCCCUCCCACCCGGACUGUGGUCCCUCCCUCCGACAGACAGCUUCGCCCUCGCAGGGCACGGCCAGGCCUCGCAGCAUUGAGGCCGGCCUCUGCCCCACCGGUACAAAAGUACUGGUCCAGCCUCAGUGAGGCUAUUGACCUACCGGCAUUCUACCGGUACGGAAUACCUUAUGAGGCACAAGGAAAGAUAAUGCAGCCAUUCAUCCAGGCUGACUGUAGCACAUCCAGGAACUUCGGAGGAACAGGCAUUGGUUUGAGUAUCAGCAAAAGGCUUGCUGAAUUGAUGGGAGGCAGGCUGUCAUUUAAAAGCCAACCGGGUGUGGGGACAACAUUCAAAUUUGAGUGCAAGCUCAAGUGUCCCAGUACAAUAAGUAUGUUCCAGGAGCACUCCCUGCAAGGACUAGAGGUGAAUGCUGAUGGAAGGGCUUUCCACCGGGCUUCAAAGCUCCAAGGAAUGUGUGCGCUUGUGGUGGAUGAUGGCAACGUUCGAAGAGAAGUUACUGCCAGCUACUUGCGGAGACUUGGUGUAAACGUGGAGAGUGUUGCAAGUGUCAAGACUGCACUGGAGAUGCUGGUUGAUUCAGCUAUUGGUAGUGGUGGUCUUUCAAGGAGAUCAGAAAGCGAGAACAAAACAGAUGGAGCAGUUGACAGAUAUAUGAAUGGCCUCAUGCCCCAUUUUGUUGACAUGAGCGUUGGCGGCUUGCGUGAAGCUGACAGAAGAGUAGUGGACUCCACCACAACGAGACAUUCAGCUCAUCCACUGUACACAACACAUGACAGUCGGGCGCUUGUUGAGGUUUCAAUGCUUCCACAGUAUGGAGAGAAGGAUUAUGAAUUGUCAGGUAGUGGAAGAAACGGUCUGGAGGGGAGUGGAUUUGUUUCCAUGCAUAAGGCCUUCGGUGACGAGAGCGAACCUUUGAGGAGAGCCUGCAGCAGAAAGCAUGGCUUUUCAUUUAUUGUGUUUGACUCUGGACACAGUCAGGUGUUAUGGACACAGUUCAUUGAUAUGAUUCGUGAGGAGGUGACUAAAUCAAUCAGGGGACUUAAUGGGAAAAUUAAUGGAUUGCAAAGUGUGCUCUCAUUGCCACCAAUUUUCUUGAUUCUUGGGCAACAUGACAAGAAAGUUGAGAUCACCGCCAAAGAAGCAGGGUAUGUUGACUGCCUGAUCAGGCCACUCAGACUUGGAGUGCUCGCCAAGGCACUUGUGCAGUCAUUAGGUUUGCUCGAAGGGGGUGAUUUACGGAAUCGUCGCUGCAGCAGCCGCAUGAAAAUAGCAGCGACCCUGAAGAAACUGCUUGUGGGAAAGAAGUUCCUGGUUGUUGAUGACAACCUUAUAAAUCGCAAGGUGGCAACUAGCUUCCUCAAGAAGUUUGGUGCAGCUGUCACGAGUGCAGAGAGUGGUCAUGAGGCACUAACCUUUCUCCAGAUACCGCAUGAUAUUGACAUGGUCUUCAUGGAUGUGCAGAUGCCAGAUCUGGACGGGUAUGAGACAACAAGGCAGAUACGAGAGAGAGAACGACAAGCAAGGCUUGCAGGGACCGACCCAGUACGGCACACUCUGGUGGUGGCAAUGACUGCUGAUGUGCUGAAGACCCGUAGUGGGAUAGACAUUAGCCCCUACACCAAGGAGCAGCCAGAAAAGAUGGCCACCUUAGUGAAAGAGAACAAGGAGAGGAAGGAGCUCUUGAAGCAGGAGAAGUUAAAGGCGAUCGCAGAAGAGCAGGCGACAAAGAUGAAGAAGUUAGAGGAGGAGAUGAAGAGAGUUCAACAGGAGGAGGAAGAGAGGAGAAAGGUUGUCGAAGAAGAAGCAGCAGCAGAAAAGGAGAAAGAGAGGAUGCGUAUUGAGAGUAGAGUGGGGACUAGCGGCACGAAAAACGAUACAGACGCUGAGAUGGAGAAGAAGAUAAGUGAGUGGGUCGCUAAUUUAUCGCUGGGAGAGGACGAGGAGGCAGAGUCGUAUGUGACUCAGGAGGAGAGGGAUGCGCUAGCCAGUGAGCUAGCAACAAUGAAAGAUCCUAUGGAACGGCGAGAAAGGGAGGAGGAGCAGAAGUUGGCGUGGAAGUUAAGGAUGAAGAGGGAGAAGAAGAGGAGGAGAGAGGAAGUGAACAAACUGACCGCAGAGGUGGCAAAGGUGCAGGAGUGUAGGAAGGAAGUGUUGGCCCAGCCAGAUGACAAGGCCAAGUGGGAUAAGGUGUUGGGCUACCUAGAGGUGUUGAGCACCGCAUGGAUGGAGGAGCGCCAAGCGAGUUGGAGCCAAGAGGUAGCCCUGAGUGCCAUGUGGUCGGGAUUCAGAGACUUUGCGUGCGAGAUCGUCACCCACAUUGGGGGCGAAGUCAGGCAAUUGAGGGACAACGUAGGGAAGUUCUGUGAGGGCGCCAUUGAGGGUGCCAAAGCAACAGCUGCUGUAGAGGGCGAGGGCAGACCCCGUAAAGAGCCUGUAAAGCUCAAGUUUCCAGACGCAUACGGGGGAAAGGAGGAGGAGAGCUUUGACAAUUGGGAGGCCAGUGUCAAUAGUAACAUAUAUUUACAACACAUCCUGUCAGAGGAACAAGUCCUCGUGGCCUUCCAGGUUCUUAAGGAUGAGGCGACUAGUUUUGCUAGGUCCCUUGCACGCGCAGCCGGUUGUGAAAACAACCUGGUUGCAUAUUCAAGAGUCACCCCCCUUCCUCAAUUUUUUAAGCUCCUGAAGGAGCGAUUUGCAGACCCAACAAGAGGCGUUCGCGCCUCUGAUAAGCUACAAACGAUCCACUCGCGACAGUGGAGGAGUGCAAGAGCACUCAAGGGUACCAUGGACGACUUGGUAGCCGUCCCAGACCAUGGGGUCACUGAGACCCAGUUGGUCCAAUUAUUUUAUCGUGCCAUGUCAGAGGCCCGACCUGGGCAUUUCUUUGACAAGUCUCAACAGGCCGGCAUCACCUAUGAUGCAUUGAGUAGAGAAGUGGUCCUGUAUGAGUCGAAGUCCCUGCCAGUUACCACCUUCUGGCAUAAGGACUUGGAUAAGGGAAAAAGGUGGAAGGGUCGUACCAUCUCAGGCCAGGUCUUGGAGAAGCUACGAGAGGCUAACUUCAAGAUCAACGCAAAGAAGUGCGAGUGGGCCAAGACACAAGUCCUGUACUUGGGCCACAUGUUGGACGGAGAUGGCAUUAAGCCAGAGGACAGUAAGAUAGCGACGAUUAGAGAUUGGUUGUCGCCACGCACAUUGACAGAGUUGCGGUCGUUCCUAGGCCUAGCUAACUACUAUAGAAAGUUUGUAAGGAACUUUUCUACUAUCGCCGCUCCCUUAAGCAGGUUGCUUAAGAAAGAGGCAAUCUGGCAAUGGGACAAAGAUUGUACGUCUGUGCUAAAGAGAUUGAAGCGCGCACUAACAGAGUACCCUGUCCUCAAAGUAGCAGAUCCGUCUUUGCCAUUUGUCGUCACCACGGACGCACGUCAGUAUGGGAUAGGCGCCGUGUUGCAGCAGGAUGACGGCAAUGGCUAUAGACCCGUAGAGUUCAUGUCUGCGAGGAUGCCCUCAGAGAAGGGCACACGCGAAAAAUGCAUUGAAUCGGGCAUGGACAGCUAUAUACCAAAGCCGAUUCAAGAGGACCAGUUUUGGCACCUUGUUAUGGAGUUCAUUGCGGCUGAUCAACUGCAAUGAGUACCACUUAUGAAGGACCACUUAUGGCGGACCGCUAAUGGAGGACCACUUAUGGAGGUACCAAUUAUAGAAUAUCAGUUCUGCAGGAUACCAGUUACGGAGGACUGGUCAGGUGCUGCUAGUGCUGGAGUGCAAGCGGUCGGCACAGUGUGAUGUGGGGUUGAAUUUCGAGCACGGCAUGUAAAUGGCAUCAGAGCUCCAAAGUCACCGGCAGAGCAGUGGAGUUGCCUGCAGACAACUGUUGGUAGGAAGCAAGAUUUUGGAAGAGGGAGGGAUAGCAUUUUCAAUCCAGCAGCAGCCAUGCACCAUUUUCAUGUCCAUCUUCAUGCACAUUGUUUCUUCUGACAUUGUGAACUCUACUUCCAAAGAUCCAUGCCACCUACUUCCAAGCCAUCUGGUCUCACACUUGGUAGGAUUCAGGCAACCUGAGGUAUGUGAUCAAUCUUGUAUAGGUUAUUGAAAUUUUCAUAUGAUUGUCAGUUUUCAAUGCUACGUUGUCACUUGGUUUGGAUCCCCCCCUCCUCCCCUCUGUAGGACCAAGCCAGAUAGAUCUUUUGUAUGAUCACUGUAGCCAGCAGGCUGCAGGCUCAGUGUGCUCGUGUUUGGGUUAUGCUUUCUUGUAGACCCACAACUCUUAGUUGUGGCAUUCAUUCUGUUAGGAACUUGCUAACCGUAGCAACACUGUUGCAGCGGCCAGUCCCCUCGUUCAAGUGCCUUCUCACUGGCAUGAUGUUGUCUUGUCUUCUUGGUCUGCCCACUUUUAACGACUUGUCAGACAUCUUCAUUCAUGAUAAUAGAUUUAUAAGCCAGCGGCAAGGCAGAGAUACAGAGCCCUCUCAGGCCUCAGCCUCAGUUGAAUAUAUGUCCCCCUCUUUGUUGUGGGCACAGGACUCGAACCCACAAGUCGCACAAAGUGCCGCUGCAUCCUAACCGUGUAUUCUGUCUUGCAUACCCUUCAAUCCUUUGUGGCCGGACCUCCCCAGGUUCCUCUUCAGGUGUUUCCCAGUUCCCCACUUUGCAGGGUUGAUUGUAUGUGGAUAUUGCUGAUGGCAGACCGAACCUGCACAGCUUGAUGAAACUGGAACGCCGUCAAUAAAGUAAUCUAGCCAGUCACCCGCGGCCUCCUUCUGAUGGUUCGAUCUUCCCAACCGGCUCAAGUGCCUGUUGCGUUGCUAUCUGGUGCAUUGUUCUGCAAGCCCUCUGAUCGUCGGGGAACAAUUAAAGCAAGGCUUCAUGGAUAAUCUCAGCCAAAACAGAAGGGUGGCUUGCCUCAGUGGUAGGAAAAUGUUGAUGGUAGUUAUUGCUUCACUGCGCAGGAUUCACAGCGUUUGCAUCCUCUGCCUCCACUGCCUGAUUGGCCCCUCACUUUUAGUUCCUUACCCCUUGCCAUUUUUUUCACCUUAUCCUUCAUUUUCACCACGAGAUGUAGUAGAUUUUACUCCUGCCAUCCAGCUGCACUUUCGCCUGUGGAGGAGUAGAUGGCACCCAACGUGAUCUCCGUUGUGUACUGUUUCGUCUCUGCACAUAACCAGCUGGGACAGAAACCAGUUGAGAGCAGAACCGUGGUCUUUGCUGUUGUAUAUGUUCAUUCUGUGUGUGUGUGUGUGGGCGGGUGGGGAAACAAGUGGAUGCCAUAGCCAGAUUUGAUUGCAUCCACAACAAUUACAUAUGUCAUCCGGUCUUGAUGGGAUGCACGUUGACAAUGACAUUCAUGGCAGGCUAAAAUGUGUCAGCUUGGAAGGAGAGGGGAUAAUGUGGAGAAGAACCGGGGCAAGGAGACGACGAGGUGAUUGCAAUGGUGCGACCAGGCAAUGCUUGCUCCAUGUGUGUGCUUUGAACCCUGCAGUGGUGCGCCGGGUCAAUGUUGCCCCAGGUGUGUGCUUUGGAACCUCCUGAAUUCUCAUUUGCAGAGUGCCACUUUGAGGCUGCCCAAAUCAACUGUGCGCAUAAUGAUUGACCAACUGAAUGGUACACUCCAUGAGUGCUUUACAACGUACCAGGGGUGGGGAAAGUAGGGACAGGAGGGUAAAAGGGAGGACGCUACAUUCUCCAAUGCAAAAGAUAUUGAUGUACUGCUUUAGUCUGCCGAUCAAUUUUCAGGUGUAUGCUGGAUUAUUGGGCCAGAACUGCACAUCUGGACACCGUUUCGAUUAGAGGUCCCUUUUUUCG